GGUGGAGGGGGGGAGCGGGAGGUCUGGAAAGUUCCACCGGGUUCCAGAGCCCAAGGGUCGCACCGCGCUUUCGCCGCCCGGGAGCUGACCGGCUGCGUCUCCUCUCGUCUUCCUCAGCGCCCCGCUUCCCCGCCCUCGCGACCCCGGUUCUCCUGGACUCGGCGCCGUCAUCCCGGGCGAUGCCCCGCUACGAGUUGGCUUUGAUUCUGAAAGCCAUGCGGCGGCCAGAGACUGCUGCUGCUUUGAAACGUACACUAGAAUCCCUGAUGGACCGAGGAGCCAUAGUGAGGAACUUGGAAAACCUGGGUGAGCGUGUGCUCCCAUACAGGAUCUCCAGUCACAGCCAGAAGCACAGCCGUGGAGGGUAUUUCUUGGUGGAUUUUUAUGCCCCAACAAAUGUUGUGGAAAGCAUAUUGGAACACUUGGCACGAGACAUUGACGUGAUUAGACCAAAUAUUGUGAAACACCCUCUGACCCAGGAAGUAAAAGAGUGUGACGGCAUAGUCCCAGUCCCACUUGAAGAAAAACUAUAUUCAACAAAGAAGAGAAAGAAGUGAAUUUUUGGCCUUCUAUUUAAUUCUAAGUGCACUAUGGAUGCUGAUUGCUUAUAGUCUAGGAUGCUUUAGCCCACAACCAUUUUGCUGCAGGAGGUGGGAACUGCUGGCCGAGACCUGCCCUGUCAUCUCUAUGGAGAUUUCAGCCUCGGAUGGUUUGUCGGUGGUGGGGGUGUUUGCAGGACUGCUGCAGCAUUUCUCUAUGGAACACAGAGCAGAGUAAUAAACAUGACAUUAUCAACACUGA